AAAUUGCUGAUUUGCUAUAUGCGAUCCUUUAUCUAUACCAAGAUUGAAAAAAAUAUUGGGAAGCAGAACUAAAGCAUCCGGCUUCUUAAAACUGUCAGUUGUCAAAUUGACUCAAAUCAAAGAGUAUAAUUGUCAACACUCAAUAGUCCAAAUCUACAUGUCAAUUUGUGAUUUACCAAUACAAAAUUACACAAAUAUUAUGAAUCAUCAAACCCGUAUCUCGAAUUAUUAUCAAUAAAUGUUGUGUUCAAAGACAAUAUAGUAUUUAUUUGUGUCUUCUCUGAGUUAUUUCUAUAAAAGCAGUCGUAUAAAUAAAAUGUGUUGUGCUAUCGGUUUUUCUAAUACCUGUUUUAGUAUAUUAUUCUUCGGCAAAUUACUUUAAACUUUUAUAUUGUGGAUAGCUUAUCAUAAGCAAGUUCUACUUAACUUCAAAUUACUUUCUUGCACUAAUUUUUUUAAAUUCCAAAAAAGUCCAAAAUAUAUAUAAACAACAAAAUUCAAAUCAAAGUAUAUUACCAGAAAAAUGAGUGGAAAAAGCAUAGGUGUCUGGAUGUCGGACAAGAAAAGCCAAAAACUUAAUUGGAAGGAAUUAAUUAAAGCUUGUAAUUCACAUGGUUAUAACUUGGUAAAGUUAGAUUUGGAGAGAGCUUUUGAAGACCAGGGAAAAAUUGAUGUUUUUUUGCACAAAUUGACUGAUCUCAUAGCAGCAGCUGAUCAAGGUGAUUCAAAGGCAGCAAAAACUAUAAGUCGGGUGGAGCAGUAUUUGUCUAAUCACACUAAUAUAACUGUGAUUGAUCCUUUAGAUAAUGUGAGGAUUUUAUUAAAUAGGUACUCCUACUAUUCAAUAUUACAAGAUGAGUCAUCAUUUAAAAGUCUUGGAAUUUUUACACCUGCCUUUGCGGAAUUUACAACAAGCAACAUAGAGCGCAAUAUUGAGAUUAUGAGGGAAAGAGGUGUAAGGUUUCCUAUAAUAUGCAAACCAACUAUAGCACAUGGAUCUAAAUCAGCACAUGAAAUGGUUCUUAUAUUUAAUGAAAGAGAACUCAGUGUAGCCAAACCUCCUUGUGUUGUUCAAAGUUUUGUAAAUCAUAAUGCUGUUUUACAUAAGGUGUUUUUCGUGGGAAACAGGUAUCAUAUUUGUGAAAGACCAAGUCUUAAAAAUUUCUAUGCUUCAGAUGACUUAGAUCCAAUAUUUUACACUACUGGAGAAGUUUGUAAGGCUGACAGUCAAUCAACACUAUCCAUAUUAGACCCCUAUGAUGAGACUGAUAUAAAAAUGACUUUAAAUGAAGAAAAAAUAAAAGCGAUAAUACGUGUAAUAAGGAAAAAAAUUGGUUUAAUAUUGGCUGGAUUUGACGUAGUUAUAGACAAUGUAACUGGAAACCAUGCUGUCAUAGAUAUCAAUGUAUUCCCGAGCUACGACAACUUCCCUAACUUUUUUGAACAUUUAUUAGACUGUAUUGAAGAUACAAUACAAAAAUCAAACAGUGAUUGUUGUUUAGAAGAUAAUGAGUGGAUAGAAGACUGUGGUGGAAACCAUAGACAUAAUGGCUUAAUUAAUAUAGGUGGCAGUCAUAAUUAUGAAGUAAUGGGUAUGAAUAUUAUGUAAACUAAUGCUUAGAUGGUAUAAACAAAGGAACACUGAUAUUUAUGUAAGCUCUGUAAAAAUAUUAAGGCCUUAGCUAGAAAUAUUUUUUAAACAGUUAAUACUUUUGUGGCACCUGUAAAUCUAUGGGAAUCGAUUUUGUUUUAUGAAGGUUUCCAAGAAUAAGAUUUACAUUUAUCAAAUAUGA